CACAAUUGUCAAUUCUCACUUGACAAUCAUGGCGAGCACGUCGAGGUCUGUUUUUCUGAUUUAUUUUAUUCCUGUUUCGUUAUUUACGACGAUAUUUAUGUAUUGUACAGCUGAAUAUAAUUUAUGUUUGCUAUGAUUAUAUGUAAGUUUACGUUGGUGCUAAUAAAGUGUAGCAAAAGGCGACGACAUAGUUGUUUCCCAAAGAUUUGAUUUCUACUUGUUGAUGAAUGAUGAGCCUACUUUCUUUUGUGGUUUUAGGCUUGAGGCGAAUAAGGUGGUGUGCUAUGCACAUCCAGAUGCACCACUUAUCGAAGAUUACAGGGCUGGGGACAUGAUAUGUUCAGAAUGCGGGCUUGUAGUCGGCGACAGAGUUAUUGACGUGGGGUCAGAAUGGCGUACAUUCAGCAAUGAGAAAUCUGGAGUCGACCCAUCUCGUGUUGGUGGUCCGGAAAAUCCUCUUCUUUCUGGUGGUGACUUAUCCACGAUCAUUGGGCCUGGACGAGGAGACGCAUCAUUUGACAGUUUUGGAGUAUCAAAAUAUCAGAACAGGAGGAAUAUUAGCAGCACAGACAGGGCUCUGAUAAAUGCAUUUAGGGAAAUAAGCACAAUGGCCGACAGAAUCAACUUACCAAAGACUAUAAUCGACAGGGCCAACAAUUUGUUUAAACAGGUGCACGAUGGUAAGAACUUGAAAGGUCGAGCAAAUGAUGCGAUAGCCUCAGCCUGUCUCUACAUCGCUUGUCGUCAGGAAGGAGUCCCUCGUACGUUCAAAGAAAUCUGCGCAGUCAGCAAAAUCAGUAAGAAGGAAAUAGGACGGUGUUUCAAACUGAUUUUGAAGGCUCUCGAGACUUCAGUGGAACUUAUCACCACAGCGGACUUCAUGUCUCGUUUCUGCUCCAAUUUGGGUCUGCCCAAUUCAGUGCAAAGAGCUGCUACUCACAUCGCAAGGAAAGCUGGAGAGCUGGACAUUGUGUCUGGACGCAGUCCUAUUUCUGUGGCAGCAGCUGCAAUUUACAUGGCUUCUCAGGCGUCAGAGGACAAACGCAGUCAGAAAGAGAUAGGAGAUAUAGCCGGCGUGGCGGACGUGACCAUACGUCAGGCGUACAAACUCAUGUACCCGUUCGCAAGUAAGCUGUUCCCAGACGACUUCAAAUUCUCAACGCCCAUCGAGUUUCUACCCCAAAUGUAGACGCAGGUACCCCAUAUGGCAUCAAAAUAAAAUCGACAGUAAAUUCAAAAUGUUAGAACGAUGUUUGAACGUCGAAAUAGUGGAUUUUCUGACACGCAAUGUUCUUUUUCUCUCGUAGUUACUAAUUCUGAUUUUAUAUUCUUUCAUCUUUAAAAACUAUUUUUAUUUUGUUAUUCUCGUCUUAACGUCAAUGGGGUACAGUUCAAUUUUGAUUGGAUUAUUCUAUUUAUCUAUGUAAUAUGUCUAUUACUAAAAGAGAACACAAAUAUAUAUAUCAAAAUAAAAUAGUAUUGUCUCGUGCCAAGAACACGGAGUAUGUAGUCGAUGGAGAGCUUACAAACCAACUCAUAAUUUGUAUUCAGUAAUUUGAUACAAACAAUAAUUUAAUUUGAUAUCAACAAGAUACUUAUUUCCUUUACGAUAAGGAUUAUUUUUCCAUAAUUUUCAGCUUCUUUUAUCAUAUUUCUGAAAAUUAAUUAUGAGUUGCUUAUCAUCUUAUAUAACUUAUAUCUGAUUUAGAAUAAUCACAUUAAAUAUAAAAUUUCAUACAUUCAUUAUUUCAAUUUUAAUCCAUUAAUUGAUUAAUUCAUAUUGAUAUGUGUGUUUAGAAUUCAAACUAAUAAACUUUCAAUACAUAAUACAUAGAAAUAUUAUAAAGAAUUAUCUAAAAUUUAUUUCUAGCCAAGAUGAACAUAGUUCCUACCCUGUUCAAUUUUAUGUACAUAAACUGAAAAUUCGGAACGUAUUUUUUGAAACAUGAAUCAUAGCAAGAUUUAUGGCCUUGAAUUUAUUUUCAUUUUCCAUACUAUUAAUAGUAAAAAAUAUUUUUCAUACUACAAAUCAUUCUUCAUCCUGCUUAUCAAAGAACUGAAGUUGUGUGAUAAAAGAUUAUUGAUUCAUUGCAUUGAUUUGGAAAACUAACUUUAAUACAUUACUGGUUUUGUAUGGGACUUGUUAUAAACAUUGCACAAUGAAGACGCGAUGUAUACUGAUGUAUUGAAGGUGCCUGAUUUCACACUUACUGUAACAAAGCACUGGUCACUGGUUUUUUAAAUAAAGAUUGACAGCCAAAUAGCUAAUAGCAGGAACAAAAUUAAAAUUACUUGAUUUCUGUAAUAAUUAAUUGUAGAUAAUUAAUUGGCUAGGUACUGAGCUAUACAGACAAAAUAUGCAGACAAAAAUUAUUGACUUUAUUAAAAACUUUAAGAUAAUAAAAUUUACUUAAAAAUUUAAUGUAUACCAAAUAACUUUGCUGAUUUUAGCAAGAUUUACCCAAAAAUGAAACAUGAAAACUACAGUUUACUAACAAAAUUAUCCGUGAAAUCAGGGCAACCGACUGUGGGCAUAGACACGAGUGAACAAUGUUGUAUUUUUAUAUUAAAUGUAGACAUAAGUAUUAACUAUGAUUUUGCGUAGGAUGGUAGUUCCUGUCACUUAUUUUUUUAUGUAUGUGUUAUUGGAAUAUACAAGAAUUAUACUUUGUCAGUGUGAAUCUUUUAUCUCAGAAAGGAGGUAUUUAGUUGUAAAUUUUGGCACAUUAUAACUUAUUUUAACCUAACACAGUGAUCAAUUUUGUUCCUUAUCGGCUUUUCAAAGGCACGAAUUACUUUAAACAUGAGAUAAAAAAAAAACGUAAUUUAUUCAUCCAUUUAUUAUUUCAUCUGUAUUUUUAUCACCAAACUCAUUCUGAUUGGCUGCCUGAUACAUUUAGUGUUGCCAUUUCUAAUAUCUUUAUAUAUUGGUAGUUUAGAGAAAACUGUCCGCAAAGUGACAGGACGUUUUGUGAUUUUUUUUAAAUAAUGUUUUGAUAGGGGUGACAGUUGUAUUUAUAGUACCUAAUAAUAAUGAUUAUAACGGCAUGUCGUGUAUAGUUUCCGUUAUGUUGGUACACUGUUUUUCUUAUAAUAGUUGUUAAGUUUCUCCUACUGGACGGUCGCGGUGUAAUAGAAAAGUAUAGAUCAGAAAUUACAGAAUUAAUAUGACAUUUCUUUGUUUAUUUGGUCAUCUUUGAAAUAAUGUCAAUAGACAUUUUACCUACAUUAUUUUUAUUUAGUAGUCCCGAAGGUGAUCAAAUACAUAAAGCUUCAUAUAUAAUUUAGUAGAUAGAUAUAUCUAUAGAUGGUAGACUGAUAAACUUACAAAGUAUAUGUAACCUUAUAAAUAAUAUUUUGGUCUUAAAUAACACUUGUUACCAAUGCAAUGGACUUCUGGAGCUUAUUUAUAUUUAUAAUAUUGUAGCUUGACUUAAAAACUACAGAUAAUUAUAUUGUAUAAUAUACUUACUUAUAUAAAUAUAAUGACAUACCACCACACUCAUAAACAUUUAAAAUUUACGUAACCCAAUCCUUAGAUUUGUUUUCGGAACAAAAUUCAUUCUAAGGAAUAGUUUAUGUAAUUAUUAAAUAUCUCUGAGUAGCAGAUAGCGACCAAUUUAAAAUAAUAGUUGGCACUUUAGCUAUGUAUUCCUAGAUAUAUAUAUAUCUACACGUAGACUUAAAAGCCUAGUUGUCUGACACUAAGAUACUUUGAACAAACUGACGGAUACGAAGUCUAUGCUUCAAUAUACUAACAUUAUAUUUUAACAUAUAUAUGUUAGAAAUACAUAUCUGCCUAUCCAUUUAGGGUAGGACAGGCGUUAAAAAUAAUGUUUGGUUUAUGUAAGAAACUUAAACAAUUAGCAUUUUUACUGUAGUCGAACGGGAAAAUAGAUACUUCAAUCUAUGCGUUUGACAGUGACAAGAGACAGUGAACGUCAGUCCACUGACUUUACGCUUCGCCAUGGCCUCACAGAUCGCUGUAAAACUACGCUCGCGUCGUUUCGCCGUGUGAGGUUACUUGAGGCUCAGUCUAUUUCUUCCCCUUCCGCCUAACCCCCCAUGCAACCAUCAAAAGGCAAUGCACUCAGUAACUCCUCUGGUGCUACGUGUGUCUAUGGGCGGUGCUGAUUGCUUAGGUGAUCUGUCUGGUCCAAAGUCUUACCCUAUUUACUCGUACCAUUACAAUUAAAAUGCUAUUUGUUUGAGGAUCAAGAAAUAAUUAUGUUCUCUUUCAUUUUAAGUUGAUCAAGUUCAAUGCAUUUUGGUAUAGUUUUGUAUUAAUAUAGUCGUGAUUUCAAAAAUUCAUUUAAUUAUAUUAAUAUGAUGUGUGGUUUGUAUGUUUCCAUGUAAAUGAAAGUAAAAUAUGCUGCACAGUGCAAGCGAUUUGUGUUAUUUUGUGUUUCGGCAUGAUCCUUUGUAAAUUUGAUGUUUUCUUUCAUCAUGUUUGGCAACUGUUAUAAAUUCAAAUUAUCGUAUUUAACGGCAGAACAGCAAAAACCAAUUUGAGGGAAUCUUUCUUCACAAACCAUUUAAGAGAAGUAGGGUUGUCAUAUUGGAAGAGCGUCGGGGCGCUAAUCUGUAAUGUCCACAGCAAAUUCAUCCCUAUCGGCCCUAUUAUAAGAUACACGGAUUCGCACCAUUUCGACCAAAUACACGCGUCUAACGCAAUUUUUUGUCUUUAAACGAAAAUAUGCCUUACAACAUUGUUGUAAGGGUGAAUUUGCGAUAUUGACAUUUCAAAUUACAGCUUCGACAAUAGAUCAAUGUGUAUGUAUAGAGCCUAAAAAACAAUUUGCCUAGUUUAUGAUCUCUUUUCUUGAACCGAAUAUUUUGUUACUUCAGUGUUGCCAGUUAAUCCACACGAAAGCCGACUGUAAGUUUUUGUAAAGAUGUAUCGUUGAUUUUGAAUGUAUGUGUAAUGUAACUAGCAUUAAUUAGUAAUUAUGAAUAACGCCACAAAAUAAAUAUAAAUUAAGUGAUA